CGGGCCGCGGCGGCUCCCCGCAGGCCUAGGAAGCCAUGGCGAAGACUUACGACUACCUCUUCAAGCUGCUGCUGAUCGGCGACUCCGGCGUGGGCAAGACGUGCGCGCUCUUCCGCUUCAGCGAGGACGCCUUCAACGCCACCUUCAUCUCCACCAUCGGCAUUGACUUCAAGAUCAGGACGAUUGACCUCGAUGGGAAGAAAAUCAAGCUCCAGAUCUGGGACACGGCUGGGCAGGAGCGCUUCCGGACCAUCACCACGGCGUAUUACCGAGGGGCCAUGGGCAUCAUGCUGGUCUAUGACAUCACCAACGAGAAGUCCUUCGAAAACAUCCGGAACUGGGUCCGAAACAUCGAAGAGCACGCCUCUCCGGACGUUGAGAAGAUGAUCCUCGGAAACAAGUGUGAUAUGAAUCACAAGCGGCAAGUGACCCGAGAGCAAGGAGAAAAGCUGGCCAACGGCUUUGGGGUGAAGUUCAUGGAGACCAGCGCAAAAGCAAACAUCAAUGUGGAAAACGCCUUUUUCACGCUCGCCAGGGACAUCAAGACCAAAAUGGACCGGAAACUGGAAGGCAACAGCCCGCAAGGAAGCAGCGGCAGCGGCGGGAGCAGCCAAGGCCUGAAGAUCGGCCCCGACCCGGAGCAGAAGAAAGCCAGCUUCUUCCGAUGCCUCCUCCUCUGAGCACAUUCUCUCCCUCUCUCUCUCUCUCUCUCUCUCUCUCUCUGAAAUCGACUCGAUUCGGUGUCCUCAGAUCUCGCCUGUCGCCGAAUGAUUUCCCUCUCGACGGAGGAUCUCGUCAGAAUCACGUUACUUAAGUAUGACGCGCCCCGGUUUGCACUGCAUUGCAUCACGGAUAAAGAGGACGGUAGCUGGCCCUGAAAAGCACCCCCCACAGAUGGCCACCCAGCUCCUGCUCAGUAAUAUUAUUAUUAUUAGUAAUAAUAAUAAUAGCAGUAGCAGUAAGAAUAAAUUAUUAUUAUUAUUAUUAUUAUUAUUAUUAUUAUUAUUAUUAUUAUUAUUAUUUUAGGAAGCCCCCAAAGGCCACCCAGUCCAGCCCCUUUCUUCCUUCCAGGCUGGAAAAGCACCAUCAAACCCUCCCGACAGAUGGCCAUCCAGCUCCUGCUCAGUAAUAUUAUUAAUAAUAGUAAUAAUAAUAGUAGUAAUAAUAAUAGUAAUAAUAGUAGUAGUAGUAAGAAUAAAUUAUUAUUAUUAUUAUUAUUAUUAUUAUUAUUAUUAUUAUUAUUAUUAUUAUUUUAUGAAGCCCCCAAAGGCCUCCCAGUUCAGCCCCUUUCUUAAUUCCAGGCUGGAAAAGUACCAUCAAAGCCCUCCCGACAGAUGGCCAUCCAGCUCCUGCUCAGUAAUAAUAUUAAUAGCAAUU